AUGAUUGAAAUCACUGUCGGUUAUGUUGCUGGUAUCAUCGCCGCGGCCAUUGUAGUUGCUCAGAUAUGGUGCCCAACAGCAAUCGCCUUGAUUCUGGCCGGGCUGCUUGGUGACACUGAGACUGCCGCCACAUGGAAUAUUGCCAGUCGCCUUUUUCAACGCACGUGGUGGCCGACUAUACUCCAGUCAGAUUCCGUCCUAACACACGGCGCUCGCCUCAAGAUCAGUCUCAUCUCCUGGUCCGUCCCAAUAAUCUCUAUCCUUAUUGGCGUCGCCGGUGUCGUCACUCCUCUUGGUUUGUACGAAGAACUCGACACACUCGAUUCGAAGCUGGGAGCCUUUUCCUAUGUCAAAGAUACGGGUCCUUUUGGAGAUGGCACCUCCCCCAGAGGAGUAUACGACUUCUCUAGAAUCUGUUACUGGGGCCAUGGAGUUUUGCAAGGUCCCGCGCCGUGUCCGCACUCCGGCAAUAGCGUCAUAGUUACAGGAUCCAAUGGUACCUUUAACUAUUCGAUGCCCAAUGGGUACACCUCCAAAGUCGGACCGGUUGUAAAAGAAAUCUUCUCCAGUGGAACAAAAGGUCAAACGACGAUAUCCAACUUUUUUGACAUUGAGUACCGACAAAUCAGCACCCGGUCCUACAAGUUUGUCGAUAACAAGACCGACAUCCCUGUGGGUACUUUCCGUCAGCUCGACAGUAACAUCAUGGACCCUUCUUACAAGGUUAUCGAGGGUCUCGUGGUGGAUGCCACCAGUGGCGGUAUCGGCCUUCGGAACCACACUAUCCCCACAAACGUCGAGGAGGGAGCCAGCUGGUCAGAGGAUCUCCUUUUCAUUGAGCCACUUGCAGGUUGCGUCAACACCAACUUGACAUUGGAUUGGGAGAUAGACCUCGACAAUAGCACCAGUAACGUCCCACACCCACUUCUGGGCACCCCCCACAUUUGGGCACCCCAUUUACACCAAAAACGCCGUUUUUCGAAAUUCUAUAUUAAACUAAAUACUUUACUUAUUAAAGAGAAUAAAUAUAUGUUAAAUAGAUUAAGACUUAAUUAUAAUACUUAA